AUGUUUCGACACAUUACGCUGUAUCAUCAGAAUGAAUCAAAAUUUGAAAUGACAUGUGAUUUGCAUAGCACAUGCGGUGUUUUAUAUCGAACAUAUUCAGCAUACAAAUCACACAUAUACCGAAAACAUUUAACUGAAUUACAUUCGAUAGAAGAAAUCAGCAAUACAUUUUCAAUUAAUGAUCAACAAAAGGAAGAUACGAAUUUUAUCAAUGAAACUGAUUCAUUCAAUACUUAUGAUAACAAUCCAUUAGGUUCUGUUACUGAUAUUCUAGAAGCAAUGUUAUCAAACGAUUAUUCAUAUAAUAAUACAUCAGAUUUUGAUAUAAAUCUUAGUAAUGAAGAAAACAUUGGUUCAAUAAAAGAUAUAAAAAAAUCGUAUGUUUUAUUUAUACUACAAUUACGUGAAGAAUUCUUACUCCCGAAAAACGUUACAAAUGUUAUUGCUACGUACAUUACAACAUUAAUCGAUCAUAUCAAAAUUCUAUCUGAAAAAAAAUCUUUUAAUAUUCCAGUAGAAAGUCGUUUAUCUACAUCACCAAUGUCUCAACAUCAUACUACAAAAGCUAUUAAUUUCAAUCACUUAUUAGAUUUAUUCGUUGAUAUACGUGGAGCAAUUGAAUGUAUAACUAAAAAUGAAUAUCAGUUUAUGAAAUAUUGUUCGGAUUAUUUCGGUUACAACUCAGUUCAGGAAAUUAAUGUAUCAUCUAAUGGUGAAGUUCCAGAUUGUGGAUAUUUUAUCCCUAUUGAUGAAACAUUAUCUUUAAUGUUAAAUUCUCAAAUGUUAGUUUCGAAAAUUUUUGAAAAUAUUGAUCAACAACAGUCAAUAGUUCAAUCAGACGGUGACUUGAUGUUUUCGAUACGUGACUCUUAUAAUGGGCUACAGAUAGAUGAUGAUCAUCUAUUAAUUCAACUUUAUCUAGAUGAUAUUAGUCUCACAAAUCCUUUAGGAUCAAAACGCGAUCGACACAAGAUGUCUAUGAUAUAUUUCAUGUUGGAAGAUAUACCAGAUCAAUACCGGUCAAAACUCGAUUUCAUACAGUUAGUGGCUAUUUGCGAAAGUAGAAUUUUAAAGGUAAAAAUCACAUGA